AUGUCCUCACAUUACAGCCUUCGAAGCAGGCUAGCAGACGCCCAAGCCACGUCACUGCGCGCAACACCCAAUGCGUCGCCAACCAUCCCAAAGACCGGAGCUGGAAUCACUAGGAAAACCCGACCACCGGAAUACACCCUUCAACUACAGAGGGUCAUCGGCACAACGACCAACAGUCCCAGCGGGUUAGCAUGUUGUUCUGACACAGACUCCUACGCCUAUUGCGCCGGCGCAGUCGCCGUCUUCUCACAGCUCGCCUCCGAUGGAACACCCACACAUCGAUAUUACAAAGCUCGACCGACUGCGCCGUCCUUGAAUCCUCCUACCUCUUAUUAUGAUAGCUCUCCAGCAAACACCUCGUCGAAGAGGAGGAUUAGCACAAUUACGCCUCGAAAGCGACUCGAUGACUACAACGGUGGUUCGGCGGGUCGAGACUGGUCAGACGAAAACGGCAGCCAGACAUGGACCGCAAGAGAACGUAUCAAGACUGUUGCUUGCGUAGCGUUAAGUCGCGGUGGGCGGUGGUUAGCCGUGGGAGAGGCAGGGUACAAUCCUCGGGUGCUACUCUUCUCCACGGCGGAGGACGCUUCCUGUGAGAUACCCGUCUCCAUCGUCACCGACCACACUUAUGGCCUGCGCUGCGUAGCCUUCAGCCCAGAUAUGAGGUACCUGGCCACGCUCGGCGACUAUAAGGAUGGCUUUCUUUUCAUAUGGUCGUUCAAUUCUCGGACGGGCCAAUUGACUCUCCAUUCCGCGAACAAAUGCACCGCCAAUAUUUGCGACAUGACUUUCUGCGGAAAUAGCUUGAUCACGGUGGGCACGAGAUGUGUUCGAAUCUGGGGUGUAAAUGAGGUGGCGCCGAGACAGUCGCCCACAAGGAAACCUCGAUACAAGUCGAUGGACACUCAGCCCUCGAGUCCAGGUCCCACGCCAUUGGCGGGCCGAAAUGUACUUCUAGGCUCCAUGGUUGACUGCACGUUCACUUGCACUGUCCCGAUCGACGAGAGCACCUUGGUCAUCGGAACGGACACCGGAUAUGUUUGCCUUGUCGACAUGGCUCAAAAUGUGCUGGAAUUGAAGGUGCUCAAGAAACUCGACCUUGCUGUCAGCUCGAUUGCCUUUACCCCUCUCUCGAGACAGCUGCUCAUGGGCACGUCGCGAGGUGUGCAAUGUGAGGACUUUGAUGUUCUCUGCAGGGAGACUCCUUCGGCGCUCAGGAGACCGCGGCUGAAAGCCCCACGACUCUCGAUUCGCCGUUCACUGGGCCUGCUUCAAGAGACAGAAAAGAGCAUAAUUGCGAUCGGAGGCCUCAGGGGUCAUACCAUAACCCUGGACAACAAUGGCAGCUUGCAGAUCCAGAGCAAUGGUCCAUCAAGCUUGGAUGAGCCGUCACCCACGUUUGCGGCUCACAAGAGCGUGAUACUCGGUGUGCAGGCCCUUCCUGAGACUGCAGGUCGAGGCGACUUCUUUACAUACUCGAAGAAUGCUGAGGUCAAGUUCUGGAAUACCAAUGGUGUUCUGCUGAGGCAAGAGUCUAUAUCUCUUGAUCCCACAGAGUCCGAGGAUGACAGUUGUGAAAAUGAACUUACGCGGAUGCGAUAUCUCCAAAGCCACGAUUCUUUUAUUGCUGCGGAUCGCUUCGGAGUGCUGAAACUGCUCGACAGUCGCAACUGGGAAGUCAAUCACACGGUCCGGGCCCACAGUACGGUCAUAUCGUGCAUUGACAUCUUCGAUGCUGCUUCACUCGUCGCAACCUGCAGCAGGGACCGGAUGGUGCAAUUGUUUCACAUCAACGGAUCUACCUUCUCGCUUAUGCAAACGAUGGAUGAUCAUGUUGGAGCAGUCAAUGAGGUGCUGUUCUCCAACGAAGGUGCGAGGUUACUGUCUUGCUCAGCAGAUCGCUCACUGGUGAUCCGUGAUCGAGUGCUGCGAGAAGAGGGUGGUUCGAAGUCGGUCGCAUACCUUACGACCAAAGUCUUAAGCCUCAAGAGCUCUCCUUUGUCGAUGGCCAUGCUUAACGAGAGCGCCCUCGCGAUUUCUACCAUGGACCGGUGCGUCACGAGAGUCGAUGUCUCGACGGGUACUUUGCUCGAUUCGUCAAAGACCGGAGACCCUGACACAAACGACACCGUCUUUCUCAAUUCGAUGAUCACCUUUUCCGGUCAGGACCGCACAGAUGGUGCGCAGAAGAUGCUCAUCGGACACUGCUCGAUCGACAAGUCAAUUCGACUAUACCGUGAGAACAUGUCCCUCCUCGUGAGGGAAUCUGGCCAUACAGAGGGAGUGAGUGAUGUAGCACUCCUCGAGCAGUCUGCAUCUCGGUCUUUGUUUGUCAGCACAGGACUGGAUGGAACAAUUCUCAUUUGGAACGUCUUGAAGUCUUCAUCAGCCACUGCAGGAUUCUCGCAGGAGCAGCUUGUCGGGCUGGGACCGGUGAACGAGGAGCACGAGGCGGCUAAAAGAAGUCCUGCUUCGCUCCCACCAAUGAGAAAGGUCUUGAGCAAGAUUGAGAUAGCGGAUCUGUCAGGAGCCAAUGGUCAACUAUCGCCGACUUCGGCCCGUUCAUUGUCGCCUGCACGGCUGAAGCGCAAGACAUCAAGACUUGCUCUUGCCACUUCGAUUGAAGAUGUAGACGAGGUACCAACUAGCGACGUGGAGACACGGCCGAGGAGCGCCAGGUCGCCUAAAACACCCAGUCUUGACCCCAGGCGUUCGCCUUCGCCGCCGGUGCGAGCGAAACUAAGAAGCCAACGAUCCCGAACUGAGCUCAGCAAGGACCUUGAGCAAAAAGCAGGGGUUACUUCGGAACGAUCACCAUCCCCACCAGCGAUACCAUUUCCAGCCACACCCAAGCAGCGGCAAAUGGCUAACAAUGGCCGAUUGCGAAGAGCCCCUUCCGUGCCCUCGGACCUGCGUGCGCAGGCGACAAUACAGCAUCGUAGGCAGAGCAUGAGCCACACAUCCGAGUUUGGUAGCCUGGCCAUGGCAACAGAUCAGGCCGCGCGGAUGUUGAAAAUCUACAAGAAGAAACUGGUCAACAGCAAGGAAUCUGUUGAUUUGAACGAUCUCGAGUAUCAGGUCUCGGGGUUGCUAAAAACCAUCAGAGAAAGGAAGGACAGGACGAUUCGAUUGCAAAAACGGGAGACCGAUGCAGCGCGCCAAAAAGAGCCUGUCAAAGCUGCCGCAGCAAGCGACGUUGACCAAUUGUCAGUUCUGUUGGCCGGCUCAAGCAUGGUCGACUCUCCGACAAGACUGACAGCAGCCGAAGGUUCGGCGGUACCGUACACUUGA